AUGCCGUCAAACGUGACUUGGAGUGCGGCUCAUGACCCCCCCUGUCCAUCCUCUACCACCCCUCGACCUCCCAUUGAUCACCCUCUGACCAGCUGUGUACCGGAAAUCGUAGCUGACCCCCAGACGGCCCUCCUGACCUCCCUCGUCUCCCUCAUCCUCUCAAACCGGCGCGAAGUGUACCGCGCCCCGGGCCUGUCCGACGUGGCCAACAACGGCGGCUCGCGCAUCAACCAGCGUCUCUUGCUCAUGCUGCGCAAGAUGUGCACUGAUUUCGGGGAGAGGGGGCUCGUCGAUGAGCUCGUACGUGCGCAGCAGGCCCAGAAGCCCGGUGGGGGGCGGAAGCGCAAGUCUGACACGGCGGAGGAGGAUGAGCGGAAGGUUAAAAUUGAGAAAGUCGAGAAACAGAAGGGCGGCAAGGAAGAGAAAGACGAGAAAGGUGGCGUGGGUGGGAUGGGGGAGAGAGAGAAGACCAAGAAGGAGAUGAGGGAUGAGAUCCUCCGCGGUGACCACGAGAUCAUGCCCAAGUUCCAGUACUAG